AUGGACGAUCUACUGGGAGAGGACUGGCAAAAGCCAUCCAAGCCAGCUUCCUCUUCCAGCAACAACCCUCCCUUAAACCCGACAACCUUCGCCUCCAACUACAGCAGCUUCCGAGCCAGCCCUUCGUUGCCACAAUCCGGAACAGCAUCUCCAUUGAAUAUCAGCCGGCCGUCGAGUACCCUCAAUGGCUCCUCUAAGCCGGCUUCAAGCUCUGGCGAUCAGUUCGGGAACCUCUUGUCCCUAAAGUCCCAAAAGGCGGCGAGCAGCAAUGUCUCGAUUCAGGAGAAGCAGAGACAGUUGAUGGAGGAGAAGAGGCGUCAACAGGAGCAGCAGGCGGCUAUGUGGGAUACCUUGGGAAGUGGAAGAGGGACACCGGAAGUUCGAGGACCUUCCCCAGCGAUCUCACAAGCUGGGCAGGGAGAGUCGGAAGAUGAUAUACUGGCCGCUUUCAAUAGGACUGCACCUGUGGAUCGGGCGAGUCACUUUCCCCCACCUGCUUCAGGUGCUAUCAGUGGGACAAGUACACCUGCGCAGCAGCAAGCUCCUACGCCAGUGAACGGGAAGGCCAGUGCUUUGGAAGACGACGACGACGACGAUCCAUUUGGACUAGGCUCUUUGCCAAAGCAGAGUAACGGACAUGCUGCAAGACAACCGGCAUCUCAAGCGAAUGAUGAGGAUGAUAUACUCGGAGAUCUAGGGAAGCCUGUUUCUGAACGUCGGCCUCCAAAGCUUACACCUGCGCCUGAACCUGGAAGCGAAUUUGUGCCCGGUGGAGGAGAACCGUCGCCUGCUGACGCUCCAGACGAUCGGGCUCUGGCAGAGUUGAUGGACAUGGGCUUCCCGAUGGAUAAUGCCAAGAUCGCUCUAGCAGAAUCCAAUGGCGACGUGCAGAGGGCCGUAGGCUGGCUUUUGCAGCAAGCACAUGAAGAGUCUAAACAAAAGGCCAAAGGCGAGCAGCCUACGGAGAGGCGUCGAAGUCCAACAGGACACAAUCGAAGCCCGCAACGCAGGCCACGAGGAUAUCAGGAUAGCAUGCCUGCAUGGAUGCGACAAGAAGGACGAUCAAGUUCAGCGCCGCGCCGAACAGAUAGUCAGUCGCCAGCUGGAGGCGACAAGGACGCAGCUCAGGUGGCACAAGAAUACGGGACUAAGUUCUUGAAAGGCGCUACCUCGCUGUGGAAAGCCAGCCAAAAGCAGAUGGCCAAGACAAUGGCUGAAUUCCAGCAAGAACGAGGCCCGAGCCAGCCGAAAUGGAUGCAAGAAGCCAGUGUUGACAACAGUCGAUCAAAUAGUCAGAGGCGGCAGGAUGACAGACCUCGUGCGGCAGCACGACCAGACGUCGAUGUCACCAACGAAGCUGCAUUGCUGGAUGCGCCGCGAGAACGUCCGCAGAAGCCAUCGAGACCUGUCGCAGCAGAACGAACCCCUGCUGCAGCAACCAGGGAUCACGCGCCUGCUGAGCCUCUGCCCCAUCGACCAACGACUCAACCGAAAUUUAUGCAGCAAGCGCCUACCUUCCAAGACAAACGACCAACAACCAAACUCAGCCGACAGGAUGUUGAAGACCAGAGUGCUCAAGCUUAUGUUAGCCCUGCUCGAAGGAAAAAGGCCACGCCCACGCCUAAGCCCGAAGCUCCACCAGAACCUGAGGUAGAUCUGUUCAGUUCGGCUCCUCCGAAGCCAGAAGCAGCUCCAACUCGAACUGCUCAAUCAGCACCAGCAUCACGACCGUCACCUGCUCCUUCAAGGCCCAAAGCGCCUCCACGAAACGCGCCAAGCGUCUCACCCUCCGCCCUUUCGACAUCUGCCACACAUCGUAAAGCUGGCGGCGAGGCUUUCAAGCGUGGUGACUAUGCAUCAGCUCAUGAAUCUUACACGGCCGCUCUCUCGCCUCUGCCUUCGACACACCCAGUCGCCAUCAUCGUGUACACGAACCGUGCACUUACUGGUAUCAAGACUGGUGACGCAAAGUCUGCAGUAUCCGAUGCCGACCAAGCACUUGCCAUCAUCGGUGUUAGCCAGGGCGUGAAUGAAAGCAUCGACGUUGGCGGUGGGGAAGGGGCAAAAGAUAUGCGCGAGUUCUAUGGCAAAGCUCUGAUGCGGAAGGCGGAAGCACUCGAGCACAUGGAGAAGUGGACUGAUGCUGCUAACGCUUGGAAAACUGCGGUCGAGGCUGGUGUUGGUGGUGCUGUCAGUCUGAGAGGACGUGACAGAUGCGAGAGGGCUGCUGCUCCCAAGCCUGUUGCAAAAGCGGCACCUGCUAAGAAGCCAGCCUCAGCACCGACCAAGGCACCGCCGGCAAAAGGCCUUGGCAAUAGCAUGCAGCGCCCAACUCUCACGAGUGCCUCCUCCGGCGAGGCUGUCAAGAAGCUCCGCGCCGCAAACGCCGCAGCAGAAAAGGCCGAUGACGAGAAGUUCGCAUUGGCUGAUCAGGUUGAUGCUCGUCUUGCCGCAUGGCGAGGAGGCAAGACAGACAAUCUACGUGCACUUCUGCAGAGUCUGGACAAUGUGCUCUGGGAAGGUGCUGGCUGGAAGAAGGUCGGUAUGAGCGAUCUGGUCAUGGCCAACAAGGUCAAGAUCAUUUACAUGAAGGCCAUUGCCAAGGUGCAUCCUGAUAAGAUUCCUCAAGACGCUACGACUGAGCAGCAGAUGGUCAGCGCGGCCGUCUUCAGUACGCUCAACGAGGCAUGGGACAAGUUCAAGAAAGACAACAACCUGUAG